AUGGCAGGCGUCGGAACCGGAUUGGUCCAGCGCUUCGGACACUGGGCGAAGUCAGAAGCGAGGCGCGUCGGAAGGCCAUUGGACCACUUCUGCUGUCAAAUCAGCAAGCGACACGCGUGUCGGGCACGGGAGACUUCAAUCAAAAAGACAACACUCAAAUCUUCGGUUUUAGGCACCUCAACUCAUAACCUUGUAUCCAUGGCAUCGUAUCUCCAUGAAACCGUGCUUCAAGAAAACAUUAACAAAAACGACGAAUCCUCUCUCAAGAAAUGGAAUUCAUCAUCUAAUUCCAUUGAUGAAUCUAACAAUGUACCUUCAGAUAAUUUCGAUUGUAAUAUCUAUCUAGAUACAGUCCAAGAUCCGGUGGUCACACUUUGUGGACAUCUCUAUUGUUGGCCAUGUAUUUACAAAUGGAUUGAUCUUUCACACAAAGUAAAUCCACUAUGCCCCAUCCCACGUAGGCCCUCUAUGCCUAGUUGUGGGGUCCAUGUCAUGCCAUGUCAGCAACAUAUUUUUCAUGGCUUUCAACAAGAAGUACCUGACGUAACUUUACCAACAAGCCCGAUAUCCGGAAUGUUUGGAGAAAUGGUGUACGAGGGGAUUUUUGGGAAUUCAAGAGAUUUGUUGUUUGGGUAUGAAGAGUCAUAUGGUUUAGCCUGGCUUAGUACACAACGGGCAAGAAGGCAAACAGUUCGAGAUGAGAGAUCCUCGUCCGAUGGAGAAAAAGAAAUACAAACGGGAACAGCCCCAAGGUCGAUCGAUGGUCCAGUGGUCCAGCUCUUGUGCUCUUCUGUCUCGGAAGAAGGAUGCGAAGGAAGGGGGCUAGGGGUUUCGAAGGGAAGUGAAUCGGGUGGGUGGCAUCGGGUGGUGAUGGCUAAAGAUAACGACGACAGCAACGGGGUGGUGGCAUCGGUUGGUGAUGGCGGAGCUGUGAUGGCAGCGGGUUGCUCCGCCGCUUCCUCUCUCUUCUGUUAG